AUGUUUAGGAACAUGCAUAAAAUUUGCAUUUCACUAGCUUUCAGUGCAUGUGCUUGCGCAGCGACUACCGGCUCCGAACCCCUUGUUACCACUGCUGGUGAUAUUGCUGCUAUCCCGGGAUGGUACCUCCAAUCAUCGACCAAAGUAUCAGAAGGGAUGGAUGUACUAUCCAUGCCGGGAAAAGAUAUCUCAUCAUGGUAUCGGGUUGGUUCUCGUGGCACAGUUAUGGCUGGGCUUAUUGAGAACGAGGUAUACAACGAGACAGAAUUGUUCUACUCGGAUAAUAUGGAAUCUCUCGCUGAUCCCUCCACAUUCGACAUACCCUGGCUUUAUCGAGAAGAGUUCACACUGCACCCAUCCACCGGCAAAUAUUUUACCCUAAAGACACAUGGAAUCACAUCCAAGGCAGACAUCUAUCUGAAUGGCGUGCUCGUUGCGUCAAGUGACGAGCAGCAAGGCUCCUAUGGCGGCCAUCAGUACGAACUGACCCAUCAUGUUAAGGAAGGAGCUAACUGUCUUCUCGUUUGUGCGUUCCCAACCAACUAUCUUCGCGAUUUUGCCCAGGGGUUUGUGGACUGGAAUCCCUACCCAGCCGACAAUGGAACCGGCGUUUGGCGAAAUGUGGAGGUUUCUCAGACUGGAGCGGUCUCGAUGUCGUCAUUCCGCAUCCUCACAAAUUUUACUUACCCCAAUUCUGAGCCGGUGAAGAUCACCUUCCGGACUGAUUUGAGCAAUAUUGAAUCUAGUGGUCAGCAAAUAAUGAUCAACGGCACCGUCGAAGGGCCAGAUGGCUCGGUAGCUGUGCAAAUUAGCGAGACAUUUGACCUGAAGUCAAAAGAGAAAAAGACGGUGUCUAUGAGCGUGUCAAUUGUGAACCCUGAUAUUUGGUGGCCUGCCCUUUGGGGUGAGCAGCCUCUAUACACAGUACAUGCCAGCGCCAUCAUCCAGAAACCCCAGAAGUUAGUGUCAGACAGUUCAAUUCGCCAAAAAUUCGGGAUUCGCCAUGUAUCAUCUAAAUUAAAUAAGUCCAAUGAUACCGAGUUCGCUGUCAAUGGCAAGCCCUUCCAGGUCAUCGGAGCUGGGUAUGGGCCAGAUAUCUUCUUGCGAUUCGAUAUUGACAGGGUACAGAAGAUUUUCGCCUAUAUGUUAGAUAUGGGACUCAAUACUAUGCGCUUGGAGGGAAAACAGGAGCACCCAGAACUUUAUGAUCUCGCAGAUAAAAUGGGCUUGAUGGUCCUGGCAGGAUGGGAAUGUUGUGACAAAUGGGAAGGAUGGAAGUACAACGACGAGGCCGAUGGUGUCAAAUGGCGGAAGUCCGACUACCCGGUUGCGAAGGCAGCAAUGCUGCAUGAGGCAGAGAUGAUGCAGAGCCAUGCUUCGAUGCUUGGCUUUUUAGUGGGCUCAGACUUCUGGCCCAAUAUCCAAGCCACCGAGAUCUAUUUAGACGCUCUCAAAGUCAUGGAUUGGCCUAAUCCAAUCAUUGCAUCAGCCAGCAAGCGUGGUUACCAUGAAGCUCUUGGGCCAUCCGGAAUGACGAUGGACGGCCCGUACGAUUGGGUACCCCCGAAUUACUGGUACAACAAUGAAGAAGGAGUGGCAUCUGGCUUUGGAUCUGAAUUGGGUCCCGGAGUUGGUACCCCUGAGAUUGGCAGCCUGAAAAAGUUCAUGUCUGAUGCCGAGCUGGAAACACUUUGGAAAGAACCAGAUGCAGACCAAUAUCAUAUGUCCCGUUAUGAUUCGCAAUUUUACGACCGGAAGCUCUACAACAACGCUCUAUUUGCUCGAUACGGAAAGCCAUCUAGCCUGGAGGACUACAUCAUCAAAAGUCAGAUGGCAGAUUAUGAGGCCACCCGAUCCCAGUUUGAAGCUUACGGAACGCAACAAAACGCGACACGACCUGCCACAGGGGUUAUUUAUUGGAUGUUGAAUAGCGCCUGGCCGAAUUUGCAUUGGCAGUUGUUCGAUUACUAUCUCAGCCCUAUGGCAGCCUACUUUGGCACCAAGGUUGGAGCGCGUGUGGAACACGUGGCUUAUGAUUAUGAGAGUCAGAAUAUUUGGUUGAUUAACCACUCGCGGGAAAAGAGCGGAAAUCGGCACAUCAAGGUAGAUCUCAUUGAUUCAAAUGGCGAAGAACUCUCCAAGGCCACAGUGGAGAGCAACACAACGCCUCAUUCCUCGAAGGUGGUUACUUCGCUUAACGGAAUUAAAAAGGCCAAAGAUAUCUGCUUCCUCCGUCUCACGCUCAGUGAUCCCAAAUAUGAAGGCUUCCUUAGUCGCAAUGUAUACUGGCUCUCUCCUACCACGGAUGUCUUGGACUGGUCAAACUCUGAUUGGUACACCACCCCAGUUACUAAGUUUGCCAAAUACACCAAGCUGGAGACACUAAAGCCGGCUACUUUGCAUGGUUCAUUACACAUCCUGGAGUCGCCAACAGACGAUGGUUUGACUCAUGCUGAGGUCCUGCUCGAAAACCAAUCUGAAGGACCGGCAGUUUUCAUUCGUCUGAAUGCUAUUAAUGCACUCGACAGUGUGGAAAUAGCGCCGCUUUAUUGGUCUGACAACUAUGUUACUCUUUGGCCCAAAGAAAAACUGCGGCUAACUGUUACAUUCGAAGGAGAUAUUCAGCGUACUGUGGUCGAAAUCACAGGAAGGAAUGUGGAGAAAGUGACCCUCAAGGUUUAA